UGUCAAACGGGCCGUUAUCGAACCUCACUACUAAUCCUAAACCAAAGCCCCAACUCGGAAAACAAACAGGGCCUCUCUGGCUAUUGGGUGAGUUCAGCUGUAAUAACCACCACCACCACCACCAUGUCUUACAUACCUCCACACAAGCGCCACUCGAAGGAUGAAGACAAGCCACCCCCAACACCAGAGUCUCUCACUCCUCAAUUUCACAAUAAUCUGAAUGUUAGGUCAUCUGGAUCUUCUCCGAAAGAUAGGAAGGCCAAACAUUCUUUCAAGGCUGACAAAGUUAAAUAUGCAGAUGAUGCAAUAUCUAGAUGGUUUCCUGUUGGCUUCCCCUCAGACUUGCCCAUUUCAUUGAAAUCCUUUGAGCAGAAAUUGCCUCUCUCUUUGGUGCUGGACACUCAUCUAACCAAAGAGAACAAAGGAGAUGUUCUCAAAAGUCCAUGGGAAUCUAUAGCUGAAGAUGUAGAGGAAGACCUUCUCUCCUCUUUCCAAAAUCUGAGGAAAGUAAUGGAGUGCCAAGAAGUAAAUUUAAAGCCAACUCUGGUUGCUAGGUUUGGCAAAGUUCUUUUUCAUGGGAGCCCUUCAGUUAGUCUAGAAAAUGUAAAAGGGACUUCAGUUACUGAAACCACUUUGAGUCAAUUGAAGAGAUCAUUCUAUACAAAUGUUCCUCCUACAUAUAUGCAGUACACUACAAAUGAAGUCGUGCCAAAGAUUGGACUCGAUUUUGAAGAGGAAAAGGAGUUAUACCAAGUAAAGCUGUCUGAUAGCAUGUGGCCAGAUUCAACUAUCUCUUGCAAAUGUAGAAUAUUGGAAGAUUGUAAAAAGCUCGAACUUUACAAGAUUGAAUUAAACAAUGUGCGCCACCUGGUUUUAGACAUAUCCUGUCUUGAUAGGGAUCUAGACCUGAGGCUGAUGCUAUUCACCAAGAGAACUGUAACUGCUUUAACAGAUGAUGAGAAACGCAACAUCAGGAGCCUGAUCAAUUCUGCAGUUCUAGAUCAAGAUGUGAAGGGUGGGUUAAGGUGGCCUCUGGGAAAGGAAUCUUCUGGAGAUCGGUACACUGUUGUUGGGAUUUGGCACACAAAUGCUAAAACAUUUACAAGUUCAUCAAUGAGACUUAAGGUUCGGCAUGCAGAUCGAUAUGAUUUCAGGACCUCAGCUGGAGAAGUUACAGGAGAGGUCAGUCUGAAGAUGACUGGAAUUACAUCACAAUUACGGGAGCAGAGCAGUCAAAUUGACAUGGUCACUGAAAUGUUCAAAGACAACAUAAAAUUGAUUUGGGACUGCUUCUUGUGCUUUUGUGAUGAAGGUGCUUGACGGCUAUGUGCAUGAAGCUAUGUAUGCUCUAGUCCUUGCCAAGAAAGAGCUUUGAUGUUUGAUACCAAUCUAUAUAUUUGGUUUGAGUGUUCAAGUUGUAAUUUUGAAGUUUGGAGUUUGUACUCCUUUUUGUAAGACGAGCUUGGGUUGGUUAUGUACUAAAACGUAUUGAAGUUUUUUCAUCAAUUUGUGCACUUGUUCUGAAUGGAAGUAUGUGAGUGGAACAAGUUGAAUGAAUAUAUUCUUCUGCUUUUCAAA